GAUUUGUCGUUUACAAGUAGUUUCCCAAACUGCAGUGCUUCUUGUCUUCUUGUCCAAAAUCAGCUCCCUUCAGUGCGAUCGUUCAACAUUUUGAAAUGCCCUUAACUCGCACUGAUAUGCUUGUUGGAGCGCCCAAACUGCUGUGGCGGUGCAAAUAAUGGUGUUCGUAUUGCCCCGGACGCCGCGUGGACAUUUCCAGGCCCACUAGAAUUACCGCCUUAUAUCGUUUAUCGAUCUUUGCUACUUCUGCUGCAUGGCCACAAUAUCCAUGCCAACCGGUUGUCACUUUUCUCCACUCUUCGUUGGGCGCCUGGAUGUCUAUCGCGGGUGAGCACAAGACCUCAGCUACCCGUUCAUCAAGCAUCUCCCAGUAGUCGUCAGCACCGAGGCUGACCACCUGUCCGCGCAAUCUUGGUGCGCAGCUGCGCCCGCAGUCUUCCAACAUGGCCGAAUCAUCAGAAAAGGUCUCCGUUCUUUUUGUCUGCCUGGGCAAUAUCUGCCGGUCUACAAUGGCAGAAGGGGUUUUCCGAUCGCUCACAAAAUCCCAUCCGCAUAUCGGUGAAAUCGACUCUGCUGGCACCGGUGCUUACCACAUCCUCGACCCUCCGGACUACCGGACAAUGACCACACUCCGCAAACAUGGCAUUACGGAUUACGAACACGGCGCCCGACAGGUGGAUACCCAAGACUUUCAUGAUUUUGAUUAUAUCUUCGCCAUGGACGCAUAUAACCUGAGAGAUCUGCAGCGGCUACACCGCCGAAUAGAGAGCAAGGGACGCAAGCCCAGAGCAACUGUGAUGCUGUUUGGUGCAUUCAGUGGACAAGAGAAGGCCGAAGAAGUCAUUGAUCCCUACUAUGGUGGAAACAAUGGUUUCGAGAUUGUUUACGAGCAGGUCGCGCGGUUUUCGAAGAAUUUCCUCGAUCAUAUUGCGACGCAAAAAUCGGCGUGAUGGAAAUAUGCUGUUCAACGUGGGUGUCCACAUUUUAUGCAUGGGGUUGGCGGGAUAGAACGUCCAAGAGAUGUUCGUUUCCAAAAGCCAGGCGUUCUGGAAGACGGUGGAUCGGCGUCAAACACUGUCACUUGGGGAGUUUCAAAACAUGCUCUGAUUUCGCGUGAAGCUGGAUAUACCCAUCAUACUUUGGCGCAGUGACGGAAUGGCAGGGCUUGAAUGCCUAGAUGUGGUAUUGAAAUCUUUUGGACCAGGCACAUCAGUGUGUUUGAACAUUAGGAAAAGUAAGGAGCUGGCAGUUCCGCACGUCCUCGGUCCCUUUUGGAACUGUCCAUUUUAAUUGUAGAGCGUACGAAAGAGUAGAAGCAUCAACUCUUGGACCAGACGCAAAGUCCUAUUCCCACGCACACCAGAAUCAUUCCUAUCCAGGUAUCUCUGGAAAUAAGUUUGCC